AUGGCCGUGUACAGACUGUCCAGGACACUUGGUAGCGUCUGCUUUCCUCUGUGUUUCCUUGCGUUUACGGUAUUGUGUCAGGAACAAAUAUCGUCUGGUAAUCGGUACUAUGGCCGUGACGGUGUCUAUGUGCCACCAAAUGGGCCCGAUCGCCGGACCGACACAUAUAUUUACAAGGAUAGACGGUACGGUUACCGUCCCAGUUACCUGGACCCUGUUUACAAAGGACCCACCAAAUCUCCGGAGGAUCGAUACCAUUACGAGGAUACUACUUCAAGAUUACCUUUGCCUGGAAUAUUAGGCGGAUGGCGGGAGGAUCUUCAAGGAAGAGAACGGUCUGAUUCCAAAAACUUGGAAAGAGAUAUCACUGUCACUACCACCUAUGGACAAGUGCAAGGUUUUAAAGUUUACUUGUACGACGAUCCACAAGCAAGACACAGACCUUGGAGUUUACCGGUUGAAAGAGUGACAAAAUAUGUGAACGUAUUUUUGGGUAUUCCCUAUGCUAUGCCACCUAUAAGGGAGGGCCGUUUUAAGCCUCCUAGACCGCACAGGGGUUGGCAAGUGUUACAAGCUGUUGACUGGGGACCAGCGUGUCCUCAACCGAGUGCAUAUACCGGUGCCACUAAAGGAGUUAGAGAUGUAGACGAAGAUUGUUUGUAUUUAAAUAUUUUCACACCCAAUAUCGGGUCUGGACUAGCUCAACCGUAUGCUGUAAUGUUCUAUAUUCAUGGUGGAGAGUUUGCUCAUGGAGCUAGUAACUUAUUUCCUGCUCAUAUGCUGGCUGCAUUUUACAAUGUAGUAGUUGUAUCUAUUAACUAUCGAUUGGGGGCAUUGGGAUUUCUAAGUACAGGGGAUGAGAACAGCCCUGGAAACUAUGGGAUUUUGGAUCAAGCAAUGGCACUACGAUGGGUGUACGAUAAUAUUAGAGCUUUCAAUGGUAAUCCCGAUGCAAUAACACUUUUUGGUCCAGGUGCUGGUGCAGCAAGUGCUGGUUUAUUAAUGGUUGCACCCAGAACUAGAGAAAUGGUAUCGAAAGUGAUAGCUCAGUCGGGUUCCGCGUUAGCAGACUGGGCAGUUAUCAUAGACAAGUAUAGAGCGCAGAAUACUUCCCGAGUAUAUGCUGAAAUGUUAGGUUGCAGCAUAGAAAGUAGUUGGAAGUUAAUUCAGUGUUUAAAGGAUGGUCGAAGUUUCCUUGAACUGGGUAACUCUGAAUUGAAACCACAUGUUGGGAUGUUCCCAUGGGCACCUGUGUUUGAUGUGAAUUUUACUGUACCGAGCGAUAAUUUAUACGAAGACUGGAGAGCAUCUGAUUGGCGCUUCUUCACAGAAAUACCCGAAGACGCUAUUAAAAAUCAUAGAUUCAAAAAUAAUUUGGCAUAUAUGGCUGGUGUAACUACUCAAGAAGCAGCUUAUCUAAUAUAUAAUAAUGCCACAUUGGCAAGGAAUCAGUACAUAGUAGAUUCGCAAUUAUUCGACCAAAAGAUCUGGGAACUUGUUCUUCAGUAUAACUACACUCUCAAUCCUCAAGGCGUUUAUGAAGCCAUAAAAUAUAUGUACACGUACUGGCCAGAUCCAAAAAAUAUUACGCACAUUCGCGAUCAAUACAUCAGUCUGCUGACUGAUUUCCAUUAUGUGGCUCCGUUCGACAAAAUUGCAAAGCUCUUAGUGGAGAAACAUGUGCCUACUUAUUUAUAUGUAUUGAACACAACUGUGGAAACCCUGAAAUUACCACACUGGCGAAGAGUGCCUCACAAUGCUGAACUUCUUUGGCUCACAGGAGCACCUUUCAUGGAUGUCGAUUCUGUAAUAAGAAAGUGCAAUUUUAUAGAAUUCUUCCCUCAGAAAUGGAAACUAAAACGAGAUAUGUGGACUGAUAAUGAUCGCAAUAUGAGUCACUUCUUCAUGAAAGCGUAUUCAAAUUUUGCAACGUAUGGAAAUCCUACACCUUCCCAAAUUUUGGGCUUGCAUAUGGACGUUGCCAAGCAGGGGCAAUUACGAUACCUGAACAUCAAUACAACCUACAACAGUUCAAUUUUAUUGAAUUACAGACAAACGGAAAGCGCUUUUUGGUCCUCUUAUCUGCCGACCGUUAUUGGUCGCUUAGUGCCUACGUAUCCCCCAGUCACCGAAUAUUGGUGGGAGCCGAAGCAACCCUUACAGAUUGCAUUUUGGUCAGUUUCUACGGCCUGUCUGCUCUUAAUCGUGCUCUCUGUAGUGUGCUGUAUGCUUUGGCGUAACGCCAAAAGACAAUCUGAUCACUACUAUAGCGGGGACAUCCUGAUGGUACGAGACGACGAACCCUCGGAGGGAAUCGAGAAUCUGACUCGUGCCUCCAAGGAGAACGUUUACGAGUACCGAGACGCACCGCCACUCAGAGCAAGAAUAUCACGACAGAAUGAGGGGAAACUUCAGGAACGUUUGGCGCACAACCGGAAGUUCAGCUCGACUCCAUCGCUCAGAAGUAACUCCAAUAUUUCAUUAAAAGAUAUGCGCACCGAAGGAUUCGUUACCAGUUCACCGAACGGGCAGCCUAAGCUGAAUAAAGCGAUGAGUCAGUCCUCGUUGCGGAAAAGUAGGACUCAGCUUGUCCAAGGUGUUCCACAGACAGCUGUAUAAAUCUUGAUUGUGUACCUUUAUCCACGAUUUUCUUAUUUAUUGUAGACAAAGACACACCGAGAACAAUUUAAUGAUUUCUAGCAAAGAAAAGAUCUACA